CGCCUCCCUCCGAGACCAAAUCGCCCCCUCCCAAUUUCGUCCGCGCGCCCGACGCCCCCGCCCGCCAGCAGAAAACUAGAGGACACUUUGCUAUUUUGUUGAUUUUACUUGCUGCGUAUUGGAUGAACUGGAAAGGGGAGGACACUUAACUAUUUUGUUGAUUUUACUUGCUGCAUAUUGUCGACAAUUAGUAUCAUAACUGGGUAUUUUCUUUCCACAGCUACCUCCUCGCUGCUUUACUGGCUCACUGAAGGUGAAGGACCUGGUGACCAUAUCAUAAGAAAUUGGGAAAUUUCUGAACAUCCACGACAUCAACAUUGGACAGCCCCGCCCUUCUCCCCCUCCGGCUCCAGCGACAGGCGCAAGCGCAUGGCCCCUAGGGUUGCGCCGGCCAUGCGGGUGCUCCCCCUCGCGCUCGCCGCGGCCAUCUUCUCCGGGGUGACCGCCAUCCUCAUCUACCUCUCCGGCCUCUCCUCAUAUGGCAGCGCUCGGCUUUCGGAGUCGGACUUGGCCGCGCUCACCGCGCUGCAGGGCCGCUUCAGCAAGUGCGUGGAUGCAAAUGGGCUAGGACUGAAAGCGGUGAGUGGAAAGGACUACUGUCGAGUUGUGAUACAAUACCCAAGCAACACAGUUUCCAAGUGGGUAAGUACUUGCUUCUUGUGUCAGACGGAUCCGAGUACUGGAAAGGUUGAAGGUUUGUCGUUUGAGUUCAAUCUGUGCGAAGCUGUGGCCUCAUGGGAGCAGGUCCGAAACAGCACAACGGUACUCACAAAAGAGUACAUUGAUGCUUUGCCAAAUGGCUGGGAGGAGUAUGCAUGGCGCAGGAUCAACAAAGGAAAUCUUCUGAAUAAGUGCCAGAACAGAACUCUGUGCAUGGAGAAGCUCUCGCUAGUUCUACCUGAGACAUCACCAUAUGUGCCUCGCCAAUUUGGAAGAUGUGCUGUUGUUGGAAACUCUGGCGAUCUUCUUAAAACUAAAUUUGGGGAUGAAAUUGAUUCUUAUGAUGUCGUCUUCAGAGAAAAUGGUGCACCCAUCCAGAAUUACACUGAGUAUGUCGGUACAAAGAGUACAUUUCGCCUUCUGAACAGAGGAUCUGCAAAGGCACUGGACAAAGUUGUUGAGUUAGAUGAAACAAAAAAGGAGGUAUUGAUCGUUAAGACGACAAUACAUGAUAUCAUGAACCAAAUGAUUCGGGAAGUUCCAAUAACCAAUCCAGUAUACCUCAUGCUAGGCACAUCAUCAUCGUUUGGUUCGUCCGCUAAAGGAACUGGGGUUAAAGCUAUUGAAUUUGCUCUCUCCAUCUGUGACAGUGUUGACAUGUAUGGCUUCACAGUAGACCCAGGUUACAAGGAAUGGACAAGGUACUUUUCUGAGGCCAGAAAGGGUCACACGCCACUUCAUGGUAGAGCAUAUUAUCAAAUGAUGGAAUGUCUCGGUCUGGUAAAAAUCCACUCACCGAUGCGAGGUGAUCCUGGCAGGGCAGUGAAAUGGCUGCCUACCAAGGAUAUCAUUGAAGCUGCUAGAGUUGCCUCUGAGAAAUUGUUGAGGAGACCUGGAGCUGGAAGCGAUGGCCCUCUGGAGACUUGCACCAUGAUAAAGAAGCGUAACAAAGGAAAGGCACCAAACAGAUCCGGUCUGCGAGAUGCUGCCAUGAAGCACCUUGAGUACAUGAAAGGUGCCACCAGGUAUCCCUUGGAGCGAAGUGCCGAGGGUGGCUACCUCUGCAUGAUUAACGAUACAUAGGACCACAGUGGUUCAAAGUCCAUUAGAUGUAGAAGAUGGACAAGGAGACUGCACAAAACAUAACAGAAGUCACGACACCAUUAAGCAGCAAGAUCAGAUGAGCUAUUUGGUGUCAGUUGAUGUGGUGGGACAGUUUUGAAGGAAUUUCAGAGCGGAUAGGUGUGAUGCAGUUUUGGUGUAUGGGCAGUAUGAGUAACGAGCAUGGUUUCAAACGUGUGUCAAACGGUUUCAGAUCAUGUUUGUGUUUGUAGCGGAAUGAACAGAUCUUAAGAGCUGAAUGCUGAGCUUGUCAGCACUGUAACUAGAAGAAAUGCGCAUGUCUAGAAUUUGUAAUGCGUUAAUCAAUUUUUUUUACUGGAAUUGAAUUCUGCUAUGGGAGAGUAAAAUCCAUUGUUUGUCCGA